GAAUUGGAGGCUAUCAAAGCCAGAGUAAAAGAAAUGGAAGAAGAGGCUGAAAAAUUAAAGGAGAUGCAAAGUGAGGUUGAGAAACAAAUGAAUAUGUCUUCCUCUAGUGUUUGUAAGUUCAACUUAACCUUCCCUACCAUUGAAGAAAAAGUUGAUGCAGAUUCAAAAUCAGUUUAUGUGGGAAAUGUAGACUAUGCUGCAACAGCUGAAGAGUUGGAACAACAUUUUCAUGGGUGUGGUUCAAUUAACAGGGUUACUAUAUUAUGUGAUAAAUUUACUGGACAUCCCAAAGGAUUUGCCUAUGUUGAAUUUGCUGACAAAGAUUCUAUAACAACUGCAAUGGCAUUAGAUGAUUCUCUAUUUAGGGGAAGACAAAUUAAGGUAAGCCCCAAAAGAACCAACAGACCUGGUAUAAGUUCAACAAAUCGUCCACCUAGAAGAGCACGAGGU